AUGCUUGCUGAGCGUGUUAUACAAAGUAUUCACCAAGAUCAUCCUCACACGCUGGAUGAAGCCCAGCCUCAAGAACAAGCCGGAUUCCGUCAAGGGUUCAGCUGCUUGGACCACAUCCAGACCGUGUCGAGGGUCAUAGAGGUUUGCCGGGAAUACCGUCUGCCUCUUGUUCUAACCUUCGUCGACUAUGAGAAAGCCUUUGACAGCGUAGAAACGAAUGCAAUACUGUCAGCGCUGGUCGAUCAAGGUGUGGACGCGUCGUAUGUGAGGACAUUAGCCAAUUGCUACGAACGAUGCACGACUAGGAUACAGCUUUUCUACCACCCUCUCGCCAUACCCAUUGGAAAGGAGGUACGACGAGGCGAUACUAUAUCGCCGAAGCUGUUCACGGCUGCAUUGCAAUGGAUAAUGAAAUCACUAUCUUGGGAAGAAAGGGGCAUACGUGUUGAUGGAAGAUUUCUUUCCAACCUUCGUUUAGCGGACGACAUCGUUCUCUUUUCGAGCAGUACCAAUGAAGCAGAAACGAUGCUCAACGAAUUGAACGAAGCAGGGAAGAGAAUAGGACUACGAAUAAACAGAAAGAAGACACAGUUCAUGAAGAACGCGCACUGCGAGGACAGAGGAGUACAACUUGAAGGCUCCCAAAUCGUGGAAACUCCGUCAUACGUAUACCUCGGACGUUCUAUGAACAUGGAAAACGACUUGAAGGAAGAACUGAAUAGAAGAAUGAGAGAAGCAUGGGCAGCAUUCGCAGCCGUCAGGGAAGCUACGGACCAACUGACGGACCAAGAUCUUCGUGCCCAUUUGUUCGACUCGACAGUCCUUUCAUCGCUCUGUUACGCAGCGGAGACGUGGGCAGACACCGCGGCCACGUCUUGGAAGCUACUUACUACCCACAGAGCCCGCGAGAGAUGUCUCCUGAAGUUUAACCGGCGCACACAACACCUUGCCGGUCUUCGUAGCUCCGACUUAAGAGGAAUGUCCCGUCUUCGCGACCCAGCGGAAUAUGUAUCGAAAGCAAAACAUAGAUGGGCCGGUCACAUCAUGAGAAGAAUCGACGAUAGAUGGACUAAAAGAGCGCUAAAGUGGAUCCCAAGGGACGCUAAACGCCCCCGAAGGAGACCGCCAACGAGAUGGGGUGACGUGUUCGCUGCACGGAUGGACCAGCUGAGAGCUCAGCUGGAUACGGCUCAAGGACCUCGUCAACGUCACUCACGAAGCUUGAGAACAUCUUGGAUGACAAUGGCGAGGGAACGAAACGAGUGGAAGAGAUGCUGGGGCCCGCACGUCGAGUGA